AUGUGGAGAUCGCCGAUCUGUUUCGCCGCCCUAACGCUGUUGUUGGUCGCUUCGGCCUACGCCGACGACGUCGUUGUUCUCACCGAGGAGAAUUUCGAUAAAGAGGUCGGUCAAAACCGCGGCGCUCUCGUCGAGUUCUACGCUCCCUGGUGUGGACACUGCAAGAAGCUUGCUCCUGAAUUCGAAAAGCUCGGUGCAAGUUUCAAGAAGGCAAAAUCUGUUUUGAUAGGAAAGGUUGAUUGUGAUGAGCAUAAGAGCAUUUGCACCAAGUAUGGGGUUUCUGGGUAUCCCACUAUCCAAUGGUUCCCUAAAGGUUCCUUGGAGCCAAAAAAGUAUGAAGGUGCAAGGACUGCUGAAACCCUUGCUGAAUUUGUUAACAGUGAAGGAGGUACCAACGUCAAGAUUGCUGCAAUCCCUUCAAAUGUUGUGGUUCUGACUCCUGCUAACUUCGAUGAGGUUGUACUUAAUGAGAAUAAGGAUGUGCUAGUUGAGUUCUAUGCACCCUGGUGUGGUCAUUGCAAGAGCCUUGCUCCUAUCUAUGAAAAGGUUGCAACAGCAUUUAAUCUGGAGGAAGAUGUGGUCAUCGCUAAUGUUGAUGCUGAUGCGCACAAGGAUCUAGCAGAAAAGUAUGGUAUUAGCGGUUUUCCUACAUUGAAGUUCUUCCCAAAGAACAACAAGGCUGGUGAAGAUUAUGAUGGUGGCAGAGAUUUAGAUGAUUUUGUUACUUUCAUUAAUGAGAAGUGCGGAACAAGCCGAGAUGCAAAAGGAAAACUGACCUCCACGGCUGGCAUCAUUGAGGAUCUUGGAAGCUUAGUGAAGGAAUUUUUGAGUGCGAAAGAUGAUGAGAGAAAAGUUAUAUUCAAACGGUUAGAGGAAGAAGCUGGGAAGCUGAAGGGUUCAGCUGCAAGAUAUGGGAAGAUCUAUGUGAAAGCUGCUAAGAGCUGCAUGGAGAAAGGUUCUGAUUAUGCAAAGAAUGAAAUCCUGCGGUUGGAGCGCAUAGUUUCUAAGUCAAUCAGCCCAACGAAGGCCGAUGAAUUCACCCUAAAGAAGAAUAUCCUCUCAAUGUUUGCUUGAGAUGAGAGAACAAUCGCAGUGUGGUAUAUCCAAUUGACUUGUAGGAAUUUUUCUGGGUUUUCCCGGUACGCGAGCUUCUACCUUCGAUUCAGUUCGGCCAUGUUGCUUGAAAUAUGAGUUGAGGAGCAGGAGUAACUAUUAUUAUUAUUGUAUCACACUGGUAAUCACAGAAAACAUCUUACAAUCACAAUUUUCAUAUUGACAGAGUUGUAAGUUAAUGCAGAUUUUGAGUUGUUUCAGCUGAUAA